CGGGGACGCUGAAGCUCGGCGUUUCCUGGCGGCACAAAUGUCCGUUUGUAAAGCAGCAGGGCUGGAGUCUGCAGGAUUUGCAGGCUUCCGUCUUGAAGGAAGUCUGGGAGGCUCAGAAUUUCCAGCGUUUUCACCGUAGAGCCAGCCUCGCCAGGGCCAAACCACCCAGUAGCCUGACUGCCAGCAGCCUCGGCAGGGAGGAAUAAAAAUUUUUCAUCUAUAAUUCAGAAGCUAAGUAAAUAACAAAAUGAAGCCAGUAAAGCAUCUGUUGGCAUCUAGUAGUAAAUUGGCAAAUGUUCCAGAAUUAACAUAUAAAAAACGAGUAUUUAAUUCACCAUUGUCACCUAAACCAAAGGAAAAACAUAGUGCAAAAUUAGUACGUGAUAAACUUGAACCAGUGGUCUUAAGAUCUCCACCAACAGGGGAAUCCAUCAUAAGGUAUGCUUUGCCCAUUCCAUCAAGUAAGACAGAGGAGUUAGUAGCAGAAGAUGAAUUGAUCAGGAAGAUUACCAAACAUCUGAAGAUGGUUGUUUCUACUUUGGAAGAAACCUAUGGAUUUAGCAUUCCAAGUGGAGAAGAACCAGUUGUGAAGCCUGAACAUGAAGGAUUAACCUUUCCUGUUGAGAAUGAUCUGAAUUCAUUCUUGGUAUGUUGUUCACAACUUGCAGCUCAGUUAGAAGCAGCAGCUAAGGAAGAACGUAAUAUUUUGGAAUCUCUUUUUAAGUGGUUUCAGCGACAGGUCAAUCAGAUGGAAGAGAUAAGUAGAGGUCAAACUUUUUCAGCAGAGUUUCCAGCACCUGAUAAAACAGUCAGUUUAAGCAUUGCACAAAUAGUAAAGCAGAUGCACAAACUUGAAGAACUGAAAAAUCGCCUUAAAGAAAGGUCUAAAUUCACCUUCAAAGACAUGUCAUCUAAACCCAAGGAUAGUGAAAUUCCACCAGAAGAAGUGCAAACUUAUGAAACUGUACUGCAGAAAAUUGAAGAAUUCAUAAAAACACACUCAACUGAAGAAAUUACUGGUGUUUCUGCGACUGAGCCACUAGAAACUUCUACAAUGACUAAUCGAUUGAAUACCAUGUUGAAAAUAUUUGAAAAUCAGGCAAAUAAAUUAAAGAGAGCUAUGAGUGAGCAAGUUUUGUUAGAGGCUAAAAACACACAGAUUCAAAGUGACCUCCAAGUGUUGUCAGAGGAGAAACUGAUGCUGGAAAAUGAACUACAAAAGUUGAAGAGUACAGAGAAACCAAAGGCUACAAGUGAGCGACAAAAGAAAACUAUGAAAAUGGAGAAGAAAAAAGACGAAGGAAUAUCUGAAGAUUUAGAAGAGAAGAAGUCUGUAGUGAAAGAGCUUAAAGUAAAAGAAGAUAUGCCUCAAGUCCAGGAAGUAGCACAUGCUCUGAAAAUUGAGAACAGAGUUCUUCGGGAACAACUGAAACAAGCUUUACAGGAAGCUGAAAGAGCUAAGGAGCAACUUGCCUAUUUCCAAAAUCAAGAAAUGGAGUUACUUAAAAGUGAGGGAAAGACCAAGACAACAGCAGAAAUGGGUAUUGAUAAAAUAAAAGUUAAAGGUGAAGAUUCAAAAUAUAUACCAUUGGAGAAAGACACAAGAAAAACACUAGUGGCAGAUUCAGGUGGACAAAAAGAAAAUGAUAAAAUUAAACAUCCACAGAUCCUCAAGUCUCAAGAUGGAUCACCUUUUUUAAACACUUCAAAUGAAAUUUUAACUGAUGAAGAUCUGUCCCAUCUACUUUCAUCAAAGACCCAUGAUAAAUCACUUACAAGAAUAUUAUUGAGCAAAGAAAUUCAAGAUUCACAGUCUGUUGGAACAUUGCUUCAAGGGAAUGAAACAGUGACAGCAUCAUUCGUUUCACCCCCUUUUGUUAAAAUGAAGACUCUGGCUACUGACAUCUCAAAGGCUGAUAUUUUAGAAGAGAAUUUACGAAGUAAGAUUAAAAAGCAAACUUACGAAGAAGCAAGAGAAUUUCAAGGUUAUGAUGAAGCAUCAGAUGAAAAGCUUAUGCUUAACCAUCAGGAUUCAGUGUCAAAACGCCAAACACAAGUAAAGAAACAAAGAACUUUCAAAAGGGAAAGACUCUCUACUCAUGAUAAAGUACCAGAUAAGAAGCUUAUGCAUGAGAAUCAAGAUUCAGUGUCAAAAAUCCAACAGCAAGUAAAGAAAGAAAGAAAUCUCAGAAGGGAAGGACACACUACUCAGUUUGAAGUACCAGAUGGAAAUCUUCUCUAUGAGGAUCAAGACUCAAUAUCAAAAACACAAAUGCAAGUAAAUACACAGAGAACAUUCAAAGCUCAUGAUCAUGUGUCAGAUGAAAAUCUUAUGUUUAAGCAUCAAGACUCAAAGUCAGAAACAGAAAUGCAUGCAGAGAAACAAAAAUCUUCUAGAGAUGAAAGUCUCAUUACUCAUCGUAAAGUACCAGAUGAAAAUCCUGUGCUUGAGCAUGGAGACUCAAUGUCAGAAACUCAACUGGAAGUAAAGAAACAAAGACCUUCUAAAGGAGAAAGACUCAAUACUCAGGAUGAAGUACCAGAUGGAAAUCGUAUGCUUGAGCAUCAAGAUUCUGUGUCAAAAUCAGAGAUUCAAGUGAAGAAACAAAGCCCUCACAAAGGGGAAAGACAUAUUACUCAUGAUGACACACCAGACAAAAAUCCUGUGCUUAAACAUCAAGAUUCAGUGUCAAAACUCCCCAUGCAAGUACAAAAACAAAUAACUUCCAGAGGAGGACAACACAGUAGUCAUAUUGGAGUACUGGGUGAAAAUCUUACGCUUGUAAAUCAAGAUUCAGUGUCAAAACCCCAAAUGCAAGUAGAGAAACAAAUACCUUACAGAAAGGAGAUGAGUCAUACAUUUCCUCUUCAAAACGAGAAAAACGAUACGAUAACACUUGAAAAUCUACCUCCUGAGAAGAAAGGUUUUUUUUCAAGAAACCAAUCUCAAACUAAGAACCUUAGAGCUAUCAGACAGGAGAAUCUUGAUACUCAGAAAGCAGAAGACGUAUUACCCGAGGAUGAAGUUGAAUUGUCAAAAAGCCAAUCUCAAACUAAGAAACUUAGAGCUGUCACAAUGAAAGCACUAAAUAAUCAAGAUGCGAAUGAACUCUCAGAUGAGAAUUUUAUACUUGAAGAUCUAGUACUAGCUAAAGGAUACAAGGAUAAAAUUCAAACAAGUGGAGUUUAUGAGUCUCAAAAAUUGAGAGUUAAAAAUGAAGCAGCCUCAGAACAUCCAGAUACAGCAGAAAAUCUUCCAGCAGUGAAUCCAUCAGUUAAUGACCUAAUAUUUCAAUUAGGUUUAAACAAAGUGGUAGAAAUUGAUCUAGAACCCUUGAAAGAUACUGUUGGAAGACGUAUAUUAAUGGCAGAAAUGAAGAUACAACCAAAGAGUGUCCCUGACACUGAUACAGAGCGCUUCCCAGAUGCUAUUGGAAGAGGUAUAAUAAAGGGUGGAAUCAAGACACAAUCCAAGAGUCAUCCUGAGACUGAUAUAGAACGCAUGAGAGAUACUGUUGGAAGAGAAAAAGCAGUUGGUGAAAUCAAGACACAUCAUCAGAGUCACCCUGAGAGUGACACAGAACGCUUCCCAAAUAUUGUUGGAAGAAGUAUUAUGAAGAGUGAAUUCAAGACACAACCCAAGAGUCGUCUUGGGACUAAUGUAAAAGGCUUGACAGAUAAAACUAGAAGAGGUGUAAUAAAGGGACAAUUCAAGAUACAAUCAAUGGAUCUCCCUGACACUGAUACAGAGCGCUUCCCAGAUGCUGUUGGAAAAGGUAUAAUAAAGGGUGAAAUCAAGACACAAUCCAAGAGUUAUCCUGAGACUGAUAUACAACGCAUGAGAGAUACUGUUGGAAGAGAAAAAGCAGUUGGUGAAAUCAAGACACAUCAUCAGAGUCACCCUGGCUGGUGCAGCACAACACCAAGAAGUCUCCCCUCAGCCCUCAGUUCCUCCAGUUUGAAAGAAGAGCCCAGCGUGGAUUUCCAGCUCUACCAGCAUUGUGGGUCACUUCUUGAGAGCCCUCACUUCUUACCACAGGGAUUUCGGGGUAUGAGUUUAUUUAAAAACAAAGAUGCAUUCUCAUAUCAAGAAGAUUUCUACACCAGGCACAUUGCACCAAGUAAAUAUAAAACAAAAGUGAUGAAUUUAUCACCCUUUGAUGAUGAAGGCAAGGUCAAUAGAAAGAGUCAACAUGAGGGGCAUCGAAAAAAUUUGACCUUAAACAAAAAGAAAGGUGAACUUGAUACUCUGCCUGCUCUGAUCGCUACAGCUAGAAAACCUAUCUAUAAAGUGCCAUAUACUGUUACCCGAAAAUCUCUACCCCACCCAUACUUUUGAGAAUAAAUUAAUUCUGGGCAAAAUAAAUAACAUGAGCAAAUUCGUCAAGACAGCAAUGAACCUGCAAGAGUGGAAAUAACACUGCCUUCAGUAGAUGCUGCUUAUUGAACAAUAAUGAGAAAGAUCCUGAAUAAACAGGGUAGACCCAGAUCAUGGACGUAGUAAAAAAAGUACAACUUACAUGGCAAGAAGAAAUCAUCAAUUGAGUGAGCAUAAAGUAUCAGUCAAGAGAAAAUAAAUGGAGGAAUUCUUCACUAAUUACUGAUUCUCUGAAACUGUGAAAGGUCCCAGAGAACUCUUCUUUACCAUGUGGAACAAAUUUGAAGCUAAGAUAAAAGCCUUUGUUGCUGAUGUUAAGAAAGCAGCUCUCUGUUGAAGUUCCAACUUGCUUCUAUUCACUCAUGUCCCUGUAAUGCCUUCUGGUGUGGUGUAAAAGCAAUUAAAUGAAAUUUGUGCUCUG